UAUGUUUAUGACAUUACUUCGGCACAUGCGAGGCGUUACUACCUCGUAUAUAAGCGGCAGAAUUCCCCCAACAUCACCAUCCGGUCUCAGGCCGUCCUCCAAUCAAGAUCCACUGGCAGAUCUUGACGGAAGAGACCACACAGAUCAAGACACCUUCUCGAGCCUGCCCCCCAUCUUAAGCAACCCAUCUUAAGCAAUAAACCCAGCCGAAUCCUGUAACCCUCCAUUGACAUUCUCUGAGCAUGUUGAAGUGGUUCGUGGUCCCUCUCCUCCUGGCUACCGUGUGUUGCAUCCGUCCAUCGGCCAAGGCCGACUCCGAAGCCACAGGUCUCGACCCCAUCAUCAGCAAGGAGUCCCCGACCCACCAACGGCAACAGGUGUCAUCGUGGUCAUCACCAUUCUCGCAAUGGCGUUGGUUCAACCAGGUCCUGUCUCUCCACGAGAACCAAAUCGAUGAAGUCGGCCAUAUGGAGGCUAAGUCUCCCUCGACAGCCGCCAACGGCGGGACUGAAGACGACGACUCGAUGCUCUCUCUGGUGGUGCUCCUCAAUGACAGCCAGGAAGAAGAGGAAGUGGAAGAAGAAGCCUUCAGAGCCAAAAGCGAUGGGCUGAAAGACACUUCAACCAGAGCCCCGCCCCCAUUUACAAAAAGGUCGAAACCUUGCACGAACCAAAAUCAAAGCCGCUGCCGUCGGGGUCAGGUCAGCAUGAUCCCAGCCAAUCAGGUGAAGCAGGGAUGGGAGGAGGACUACACAUCUGUCCCGGACGUCCUCAUUCAGUUCUCGCAGAAGCAGGCCGAGGAAACCGUUUGCAAUGACCUCUCCGUUCAGCUCUUUCGCGUCGACCUGAGCGAACACUACCUGGAACCCGUCUGGGUGAAGGAGAUCGUCCACUUGGGCAUGUGUCCUUCCAAGCUGCAGACGAGAUCCUUCGGCAAGGACGUCUGGCCUUCGACCGUCGUGGAGACGAAGUGCCUCUGCAACAACCAGCCCUGCUCGAACCUCGGAGGAGACUUCCGCUGUCAGGCCGUCCGCAAGCCGAUUCGAACCUGGGUGCGACACGUGGAGAAGUUCAUGCCAGUGCAAGAGAUGAUCACGGUGGGGUGUGUCUGUGUGCAACGAACGAGCCCUGAAGGGAAGUAUGCAAGACCCGCGAUUGAAGCUUGAACGAACCCCUUCAAAUCACUGUGCAUACGUAACACUUUUAUCCAAAAUGAAGUGAGGUCAUGUUCAUCACCAAUGACAGUUAUACUACAUCGUUUGGGAAACCAUAAUCUGUUGGAGUCUUUCACGAGAGCUGUUGUUUGUUUACCAUAUUCUGAUAUUCAGCCAUUUCAAUAAAGCCUUACUGAAAACUCU